CAGCCAUUUUGUGGUGUCGCAGUGCAGUUUAACGUUGUUCAUCAAUUUUCGUCUAUUUUACAUGGGAGUAUUACUUUUUGUUUUGAUACCGAAAAUUAAUCACAACAAAUAAAAAGUUGAGAAUUUAUUAUUGAAAAGUCUAUAGAAUUACAAUAAAAUGGAGCAGGAUGUUGAGACUGGGUAUAGGGCAUUAUGCAGUACUUGUUUGAGCAGUGAUCGAGAUUUAUUUGAUUUAAAUAAUACGGCGCAGGAUAUUUUCCGUUUGUUAAUGUACGAUUUUGCGGGGGACAGGUUCAGCGAGCCCAUGCCGGAGAUGGAACAACUAGUGUGUUGGGAGUGCCUGGCCCUGCUAAAGAGGUUCCACAAGUUCAAGUGGCAGGUCCACAGCGCACAGGAGCAUCUCAGAGUGUUAGCUCUUAGCAGGACACAGGAGAGCAUGGACCACACAUAUAUGUCCCAAUCACUCUCCUGUCUCGAGAUGGAGACAAAAACGGAAUAUGACAAGAUCUUCUUUGACUUCUCCACCGGAGAUGAAGGUUAUAUAAUACAAACACAGCCACAGAACGUUAAGAAUGAACAUUUUGAUGUAAGCCAUGUGCAGGACACUAAUAUUUUGGACAUUGAUGAACAUAUUUUGGAAGUUCCGGAGAUAGUUCUUGAAAAUCCGGUGACGGGAGUGAUGUCCCACAUAGUGGUUGGACCUGACUCCUUGGAUCUUGACUCCGGAACAAGCCACGGGGUGAUGUCACAUCUCACCAUCGAGAACUUGUCGAAAUCUCAGAUUGAAUCAAUAAAUAUAAUUACUCAACCCGAUACUAAACCUAAGACGGAAAAGACAGAACCAAAACUAGGUUAUGUCACAGAAUAUAUGACUGAAAGUGAUAUGCUCAAGUGCAGAGAAGAGGCCAAGAAGAAGGUUCAGUAUGCUAGCUCAGUGUACAAAUGUGAGCUCUGUAUCAUUGGAUUCUACACACAGCAACAAGUUGAAGACCACUUCGUAUCAGCUCAUAGAGCGAAACCAAGGCAAGUGGCUUGCAAAAUUUGCUAUUUGUACGUCGAUGAGAAUAAGAUAGCUUCCCACACGGAUUCUCAUUACCUGAAGUAUCGUUGCAAGCUGUGCUCCCACGAAGAAACCAGUACUAAGCUCAUACAACAACACGUUAACACGCAUAUGAGCAAACAAACAAAUUUAUCCACUAUCAAGAUUGGAGAUUUGAAGAAUAAGGGUAAAAAGAAGAAAGAUAAAGAUACAAAGGAACAGAGAGACCCGCCCAAGCCGGGGGACCUUCGCAAGUUGCUGUCCAAGACGUCCAUCGAAGGAUACCAGUGCCUGGAGUGUGAUAUGUUCUUUAAAAACUCCCGAGCUCGCAAGAAUCACGUGGCUCGCUUCCAUAGAGAAGGGUUACAGUGUGACCAUUGUAAAAAACGUUUCGUUAAUAGAACUACGUUGGCGACACAUCUCAAACUCCACGAAGGCCCGCUACCUAGAUCGGAAUGUCCGAUCUGCCACAAAAUGGUUCGAGUUAUACAAUUAAAAUACCACAUACAAAGACAUCAAAAUAAAAGUCGAUACGAAUGCACCGAGUGUAAUAAGACCUUCUCCCACCUUGCAACGUACCAAGCUCAUCUUAAAUACUCCAGAGCUCAUGCAUCGGAACAGGUUUUCAAAUUCCCCUGUCCGAUGUGCAAGAAGGGCUACCCAACGAAGCAAGCGAUGCAGGAUCACUUCAACUACCAACAUCUUGGCAAAACUACACACAAGUGCCCCAUUUGUAGUAAGCCAAUAGCGUCCCGAGCUAAUGUAGACAAGCAUAUGAUGAGGAUACACGGACAGAAGAAAGAAAAACCACGGACUCACGUAUGUCAAGAAUGUGGAAAGGCGUUCACGGACAAGAAAGCUCUAACCCAACACGAGGUAAUUCACUCGGGUGAACGACCUCUAUCCUGCGACAUUUGCCAGCAAACGUUCAAGCAAAAAGCGUCCUUAUAUACACAUAGAAAGCGAGUACAUAAGGUAAUACCCAAUAAACGGCUCGUAGAAUACAUGGACGAUGACGUACAACCUUGCAAAGUAGAAAGAUUUAUUGUAUGAGAUCGGGGUCGUUUGAGUUUUUUGGGGUCAUUUGAGCAAUUUACUCUAGAUGGGGUCAUUUGAGCAAUUUACUCUAGAUGGGGUCACUUGAGCAAUUUACUCCAGAUGGGGUCAUUUGAGCAAU